GUGGCCUGAUAGUGAUAGGCACUGGAGACCCAGCAUGUCUAGAAGAAAGUUUUGAGGAUAGCUUCUUCGGUGUGCCUCCCCACCCAAAGUGGUGCAAUGUCUGGAGAAACUAAUGAAGACUGCCACAGGGCACCCAGCCUCUGGGAAGAUCCCAGGCGGAGCUGUAUAAAGGGCCUGCUUUGUGCCUAGAUGCACAAUCUCACUAAUUCUCUCCUCCGUGAUCAUCCUCAGAUCCAGUAAGUCUGCACCUGUCUCUGUUCUUUCCUAGGAGUCAUGCCUGGUGCCCACUUGGUCUGCUGUCUGCAGCUGUGGGGGAAUGCUAACCUGACCUGGGAGUCAGUAUGCGUGGGUUCUGCAACUAAUAGAGUGGAACUUUGUGGUUUUCCUGGCAAAUCCCAAAUCCCUUCUUCUCCACCGGUCUCAGUGGAGGGCUGGCUGGGUUAGAUGAUCUUGUUAUUCCUCUUUUCUCACUAUUAGAUGCUUUUCUGAGAAGUGUGAGAUAAAAAAUAUGUUCCUCCUGUAGCCCUUGGUUUUCUUUAUUCCCUGGUUUCGGUGUGCUGUUUGGGCACAAGGUCUUCCAAAAUAACUUCUGGGAAGGUCUUGGAGGGUGGAGGGGUCAGAAUUGGUGGUGGUUAUCACCGAGGUACAUUGGUGUGGAAUUCAACUUGGUCGUCCUGUUUGGAAGGUGGGAGUCCUACCGCUGUGUCAGAUAUCCAGAAACCCAGGAUUUUAGACCUGAUUGCUCAGGCUGGCGGUCCUUGGUGAUUUCCUAGGUGGAAGUGGGGAGAAUGGGGUAGACAAAACGCUAUGCUUGAUGGGAAUGUGUUGCCUUGGGAUUUCAUGUUUCUCUUUGUGAUCUCGCUUCCAACCGGAUUAGCCAGAAAAAGUUGCGUACCCACCGCCAACAGUUCAGCCUCUGCCCCUCACUAACACAGCCUUCAUCUCCACUGUUCCACUCCCACUCUUCCCAAACUCCCCUAGGAAUGGUCUCAAGACCCAAGACUUGGUUCCACUUUCCCCUCCCUGAGACCAAUUUACUUCACCAUUUGAGAAAGACAAGUUCCUUUUGAGCUCAGCCCUCACUCACUCCUUGGCCUUGUCCUUCAAACUCUCUUCCACCCAGGUCAUUCUCAUUGAUUUCUUUUCUGUAGACUCUUGUCUUGGAAUAAAAGGCAAGAUGAGCAACAUUGCAGCUGAGAAAGUCAAGAUAUGCCACACUCCAGCUGAGAAUGGGGUCCUGAGCUUGGUUGAACUAUUUCAUCGAUACACCGGGUAUGAUGAUAAGAUCAACAGGGAAAACCUGCUGAAGCUGCUGAAGGAGAACUUCCCCAACUUCCUCAAUGACUGUGAAAGAAGGGGCAAAGAUUACUUAUGCAAUGUCUUUGAGAAAAAAGACAAGAAUAAGGAUAAGAAGAUUGACUUUUCCGAGUUUCUCUCUGUAGUGGGAGAUAUAGCCACUGACUACCACAAACAGAGCCAUGGUGCCCCACCCUGUUCCGGGGGAUGCCAGUGAUUCCAGGCCAGUCCAGCCUAGAGGCCUCCAGAGACCCCCAAAACAAUAAAUAUCUCCUUGCACCUGAUACUUGCAUUACUCCUUCCUUCUCUUUUGGUGGUAUUAGUGGACAAAUGGACAAAUACUGACUC